UCUUAGUAGAACCUAUAUUUAUCUAUCAGUCAGUCUGUCUGUCUGUCUACCUAUCAUCUAUCUAUCUGCCUACCUACCUGUCUAUUCAUCCAUCCACCUACCUAUCUAUCACCUAUCUAUCUAUCUGCCUGCCUACCUAUCUACCUACCUACCUACUUACCUACCCAUCUGUCUGUCUAAUUUCGCUGGGAACCAAAAUGAACGUUGGGCUGGGCUAGUAAGAGCUCAUUAGUCACACUGAACGCCUAUGCAACUUUUUUCCAUAUUAUUUUUUCUGUCCUAGGGCUGGAACCCAGGGCCUUGCACCUGCUAGGCACGCAGUCCACCUCAAUUAUGUCCCUCAGCACGACUUCAGCAGCUUUAAAUCCCCUCUGUGUGGGUGGGGAGAGAUGGGUGUUUCCUGGGCAACCAGGGGCAAGCUGGCACCCACGCAGACUGUAGAGAAGCCUCUCCUCCCUGCAGGUGUGUGUGUUUGUGUGUUGGAAAACAUCUGUGAACCUGUUGCGCUGCUUUCCGUGGGUCAACCCGGUCUCUCAUGCAUGGACUUCGGAUACUCCCUGGAGCAGGUGAAUCCUUGGAGACAGGGCCGGGCCGCGGUGAAGUGGGAAUGGGAGGCUGCAGCUGGGGGACCCUCCUUCUGAGAAUCCUGUCUUGUUGCUGCCUCACGGAGGUGGCUCUACUAGCGCCCGGUAUUUCUGUUCUGCGGAUGGAGAUCGGGUCAGGCUCCCAGCUACCACCAACUCCGGGCUAAACCCACGCGCAGAAGGGAUCAGGGCCCCCCUGCAUCUACUUGUAUCCCCUCUGUACCCUGCCUGCAUAGUGUCUUUCCGGAGCUUGAGCUUGGGUCCACAGCAGCGCCACACCGACACGGACAUCAAGGGAGGCGGGCAGCCCGUAUGCAAAUAUCAGAGGGGCCCAGGAUUGCCCCUCCCGCUGGGAUAAAAGGCGGGGCGGGGCGCGCACCGGACCAUAGAAGCCGCUGCCUCCCGGGAGCCGGCCGUGCGCUCCCGCGGAGCCUCCCGCACGGUGUCCCCGCGUGUCUUCUACAGCUCAGUCUUCCGUCGCUCCUGUCUUGGUGCCUGUCGGUAACUAGAUAACCGGAAGACUUGCAAACAUGUCUGAGUUUUGGCUUAUUUCGGCCCCUGGCGAUAAGGAAAAUUUACAGGCUCUGGAAAGGAUGAACAAUGUAACUUCAAAGUCUAACCUGUCCCACAACACCAAGUUUGCCAUCCCAGACUUCAAGGUGGGGACUUUGGAUUCCCUUGUUGGCCUCUCUGAUGAGCUGGGGAAACUCGAUACCUUUGCUGAAAGCCUCAUAAAGAGAAUGGCACAGAGUGUGGUGGAGGUCAUGGAAGAUUCCAAGGGGAAAGCACACGAGACCCUCCUGGCUAACGGAGGUCUGAAGGAAAAGAUGAAAUGUUUAAAGAUUGACCUGACAUCCUUCGUGACGCACUUCGAGUGGGACAUGGCCAAAUAUCCCGCCAAGCAGCCACUGGUGAGCGUGGUGGACACACUGGCCAAGCAACUGGCACAAAUCGAGACAGACCUGAAGUCCCGGACAGCCGCCUACAGCGUUCUGAAGGCCAACCUGGAGAACUUGGAGAAGAGAUCCACGGGGAACCUCUUCACUCGGACACUGAGCGAUAUUGUCAGCAAGGAAGACUUCGUACUUGAUUCUGAAUAUCUCAUAACCCUCCUGGUCAUCGUCCCCAAGUCAAGCUUUGCACAGUGGCAGAAGACAUAUGAGUCCCUAUCGGACAUGGUGGUCCCUCGGUCAACCAAAUUGAUCGCCGAGGACAACGAAGGUGGCCUCUUCACGGUGACUCUCUUCCGAAAAGUGAUCGAAGAUUUCAAAGUCAAAGCCAAAGAAAACAAGUUCAUUGUCCGGGAAUUUUACUAUGAUGAAAAAGAAAUUAAACGAGAAAGGGAGGAGAUGACCAGGUUGCUGUCUGAUAAGAAACAACAGUAUGGACCUCUGCUGCGCUGGCUCAAGGUGAACUUCAGCGAGGCCUUUAUUGCCUGGAUCCACAUUAAGGCCCUGAGAGUGUUUGUGGAGUCUGUGCUCAGGUAUGGACUUCCAGUGAACUUCCAGGCUGUGCUCCUACAGCCCCAUAAAAAGUCAGCCACCAAACGCCUGAGAGAGGUGCUCAACUCUGUCUUCCGGCACCUGGAUGAAGUUGCUGCAGCAAGCAUACUGGAUGCAUCCGUGGAGAUUCCUGGACUGCAGCUCAGCAACCAGGACUAUUUCCCCUAUGUGUACUUCCAUAUCGACCUCAGCCUUCUUGACUAGGUGGCCAGCCUGUUUCACUGCAGCCUCAGACCUUGCCAGACAACCGAGUCCUGCAGGAUUCUGACUCAGAAGAUAAUCACAGACGUUAGUUAGAGUGUAUUUAUUUUUUUAAGUUACAAUAAAGUGCUCAGUCCUGA